UGAGAGUAUGUGCCUUUCACUAGGUGAGGUCUUCAUCGUUGGUUUUCAUAUUUGCACUGGAUUGUUCCAUGAAACAUAACAUGGCACUGGCGUGGUGUUUCGGCCAAGUGAGGUUCCUUUCGGAGGUUUCUUGAAUCGUUCUUCCUCUCAGUCAAGUAAUGGCUUUUCAUUCAUUUCCACCAACGCCCGAAUCAACCACUGUGAACCCAACUAUGCCAACACCUAGCGACAGGAUUGGUAGACUGAACUGCAGCUAAUUGGAGUCGCUUGCAAAGUUCAAAUGACCGAGGUAGCAGUCUAGACCAGAGAUGGCUUGCGUACAGUUCUACAUCUCAACAUUAACAUUUUCUUAUUUGGCUAUUACUUCGCAAAGCACUAAACUUUUAGAUGCAUUUGGAUCGAAAUUUUUUACUUUGCCUGGGUGUACAGCGAACUGGGGUAUGUCAUCUGCUAACAUUGAUGACACAUCGAACGGGACCUACUUGGACUGCGCCCGAAAGUGUAAGGGUAUGUUUGAGGAGUGCGGAUGGAUGAAUUUCAAGGAGAAUACAACAGCAGAUAAUUGUGAGUUUGGAAAUACGCCUAGGGACGUUGGAUGCAGUGAUCUAGAACAAAAGACUGGAACUAAAUUCUACUUCAAGGAGCGGUUCUGUUAUUACAACAGUACAUACGACAGAGGGGAGAACAAAUGUGAGCCUUGUCCACCAGCCUACACUGGUCAACGAUGCAACAUUAGAGCCUACGAUUGCUCGGACUACUUCCACGUACACGUGUACGAUACCACACCAGCAAAGACUAAAAUAAAGUACAUCUGGCCGGAGAAUUCGACAGAACCAUUUGAAGUGAAAUGCCGCUUGCACAAAUCAGGUGGAACCACUGUCAUCAUGUUCCAAGGAAAGGCCAUCGAUGCUGACAACUUCAGCAUGAAUGUAACCUGGGUGAACUAUACGAAUGGCUUCGGAUUGCGCCAAAGGGACUUUUAUAUUGGUAACAAAUUCAUUCAUGAAAUUGUUUCUGGGAGCCGAAUUUACGGGUUAAGGAUAUGGCUGGGUGCAUUUCUGAACAAAACCUUUAAUGUCAAUUGUGUCUACGAUAACUUCCACAUUGGGAAUGAGAGCGAAAGGUUCCGGAUAACAAUGAAGCCAUCUUCUCAAAACAAGCGAAAAUGGCACGGAGAUGUGCUGUUUUCCGGAGACAACGCUACGGAAACAAACGGCAGCUAUUUUUCGACCUACGACAGGGACAACGACGGCAAUGCCACCUUUAACUGUGCACAGAAUUUCGGAGGAGGUUGGUGGUUUGGGACGGGUUGCUCAGAGGCAAAUGUGAACGGACCGCGCAUAUUGAAUUAUUCAAAUUGGAGUCCGACCGCGUGGCCUCAGCUUUCGUGGGGUAGCGCUGUAGCCGAUGAAACUGGCUUUAAAAUGGCUGAAAUGAAAGUAUUUCCCCACCCUCACAAGGCUCCAAAUUAUAGGCUUGUUAUUUAAAGAGACUGCAACAUCAGCGUUUAUCGUGCAAGCGCCUCUACAAUGAUUCAUAGAACUGAAUUGGCUGAACUUUCCGAAUUGGUGGUCUCUUUCUAGCUAUAGCCUCACCUUACUCAGUUUAGAUAAAUGUGCUACUUAAAACAUCGAUCUCCAUCUUAAUUUGAUAACACUCUCUUGGUCUCAACCAAACAAACUCAAUAGUUGCAUUUUAUGCAGUUGUCAUAAUCUAUAAGCCAUUUGUAUUCCAAAUCACUGAUCAAUUAGUAUUUGAAUGCAAGGCAAAUAGGAUGGAAAAUACAAUUUCCUUCGCAGGUUUUAAUGAAUUUGCAUAUCUAAUCGAAGAGGUGAAUCGAUUAAUUAAGUAAAAUUGGAAUAUUUAUAUUGAUCAAAUAUUGUAAUAAGAGCAAAAUAUCAAUGUGUACCAGUAAUUCAGGCUUCGGAGUGCAUUGAUCUACUGUAGUUUCACUGAUCUAAGAUCGGUUGAUCAAUUACAAGUACUGCGAAAUCGAAACAAAGACCAGGCCGGAACAAAACGUAAGACCAUUGAUCAACUCGGUGUUUAUCCUAAUUGAACACGUUGUAUGGCGUUAAAAGAAAGUAUGCACGAUAUGAUAGAUUGAAUUGAAUAAUCGGUCAAAGGAUCGGUGAAAGUUGCGGGUAGUUGUCGUGCAGUGGAAAGGUUCCUAGUGGAAUCCGGCCAUGACCAGAAUACCUAUUGGGCUCGCGAGUAGUUUUUGUGCAGCGGAAAACUCGUGGAACCCGGCCUUUGGUGGUCGCACACGCUCUACUUGUGACUUUCAUGAGGCAAAACCGCAUCACUUGCCGAGGUUACAGUUUAUACGAGCACUCGGCUCGUCGGCCUCGGCUAGUCG